GAGGCGAGCAAGUGCUUCAAGAUGGCGCGGCCAGAGGAGGCCGUUGCGGCGCUUGUUGCCUCGCGCGACAUUCUGCUCGCCGCGGGCCGCUUCCGGCAGGCGGCCGACCGCGAGAAGCAGGUGGCCGAGCUGUACAAGGGCGACGCGGGCGAUGCGGCCAAGGCGCGCGAUGCAUACGAGCGCGCCGCCGGCUGGUACGCACAGGAGGGCGCUGCUGCCACGGCGAGCGGCUGCUACCGCGAGUCGGCGACACUUGCCAUUGAGGUGGGCGACUUCAAGGGCGCGCUGGAGCGCUGGGAGCAGGUCGCGGCCAUGGCGCUCGAGAGCAACCUCACGCGCUACAGCGUCAAGGACUACUACCUCGCCGCCGGCGGCUGCUACCUUGCCAUUCCGGACUACGUGGCGUGCGGCAACGCGAUGGGCUUCUAUGCACAGCAGGACCCGAGCUUCCCGGGCACGAUGGAGGGGCGCUUCCUCCACUCGCUGCUCACUGCGUGCGAGGCCGGCGACGUGGCCGCACUCGACGCCGCCGUCGCCGACUACGACCGCACGAAGCGCGUCAGCGGGUACAUGGCGACGCUGCUGCGCGCGGUGCGCAAGGCCGUGCAGGACGAGCCAGAUCUGGCGUGAGGGCAGGAAUGGAGAUGU